AUGGAAUUAUCUUUCUACGCCAAAUCCGAUGUGUGUAUUAAUGAAAAACUUCCUAAGGAAUUGAUAUUGAGAAUUUUUUCACACCUUGAUAUCACAACCCUUUGUAAAUGCUCACAAGUUUGUAAAUUUUGGUGUCAAUGUGCUUUUGAUGGAAGUAAUUGGAAGAAUAUAAAUUUGUUCGACUUUCAAAGGGAUGUACAGCCUCGCGUCAUUGAGAUGAUUGCUCAGCGAAGUGGAGGGUUUCUUAGAGAAUUACGUCUUAAGGGCUGUCGCAACGUAAAUGAUGAUGCCAUUAAGCAUUUCACGGAGCUUUGUCGACUUAUCGAGCUCCUUGAUCUUUCUGGCUGCCAAAAUCUUACAAAUGAAGCAUGUAGGUACUUAGGACAAAAUUGUCCCGAACUCACAACGUUAUCACUGGAGUCUUGCACACGGAUAGAUAAUCUUGGACUUCAUCGGCUCAGCCAAAUCUCUGGUAGAUCUCUCAAACUGGCCAAACUCGGUACCUUAACUCAGCGUCAUAUAUUUGCCAAUAGAUUAUACUACAGUAUAUUUCUCGUGUGCAACAAAUUCUGUUUAUUUUCUUAA